AUGGCGGACGUUGAAAUGGCAGACGCUGCUACACCUUCCGACUCUAAGACCAAAGCCACUGCGAAGACCUCAAAAUCAGGAGUUACUGAGGGCGGCGAGCCUAAGAAGAGAUUUGAAGUCAAGAAGUGGAAUGCGGUCGCCCUAUGGGCAUGGGAUAUUGUUGUCGACAACUGCGCCAUCUGCAGAAACCACAUUAUGGAUCUUUGCAUUGAAUGCCAGGCAAACCAGGGCGCAGCUACGACAGAGGAAUGUACAGUUGCAUGGGGAAUUUGCAAUCACGCCUUCCACUUUCACUGCAUCUCCCGCUGGCUCAAGACUCGACAAGUGUGUCCGUUGGACAAUCGAGACUGGGAAUUCCAGAAAUACGGCCGCUAA